AUGUCAAAACUAUGUCUUAUAUGCAAAUCAGAGUGUAGUAUUCCACAUUGGCUUCCAUGUAAACAUAUAUUUUGCUUUUUAUGUAUCAGAAAACAUAUAGAAAAACGAAACUUUUGUCCAGAAUGUUUUAAAUCGCCAUUUUCACCAGCUGAUCUUAGAACCAACCAAAAACAAUAUAAUAAAAUUGAUAAAUUACCAAUAUUAGUUCAAAGUAGAGAAGAACACUUGGUUAGAGAAUUGAAGAAAAGGAGGGCAAAUUCAUCAGGAAGUAAGAGUGCUCUUAUGUACAGAUAUCAUGAAUUAUCUAUCAAUGUAGACAAUGAACGAUUUAGAGAAAUUCCACGCAAUAUGGAUACUAUAGUCCGACAGCUUAAUCAGCUAGAAGCUGAAAAUAAACAAAUUAGAAGAAAAAUAGAAAAAGAUUUUCCAAAAGCUUUUGAUGUUGUUAAUAAACUUAAGCUAAAAUAUAAAAAAAAUGAUGGCGGUGUCUAA